AUGCAUACAGUUUUUCGAAUUGGUAAAAUUCGAAAAAUUGACGAGCAAAGUCCACUUUAUGAAGUGGACCUUAUACUUACGGCCGAUGACGAUCAACAACUUCGUCAAUUAACCGAUAGUAUACGACAAGAAACAUCGGGUGGCACUGGAUGGUAUCGAUUGGCUCAAUUACUGCUCAAAAUAGGUCAAUUUGAUAAAGCCGAAGAAUUGUACAUGGCACUACUAGAACAGGCCUCUGACGACGAUGAUAAAGGACAUAUCUAUCACGAGUUAGGUGGAGUGAAAUGGCAACAAGGCCAAUACGAAAAAGAGAUAAAGUUUUACGAAAAGUCCCUCGAAAUCAAACGAAAAACUCUACCAGAAGAUCAUCCUUCAUUGGCUAAUACCUAUAACAACAUUGGUCUCGCAUAUAACAACAUGGGUAACUACUCGAAAGCACUUGAAUUUUAUCAGAAAGCGCAUAAAAUCUGCGAUAAAGCUGUAUUUCCGAAUCAUACCGAUUUGGCUGUUUCCUACAGCAACAUCGCUUUCGCAUAUAACAACAUGGGUGACUACUCAAAAGCACUUGAAUUUUACGAAAAAGCACAUCAAAUCUACGAAAAAGCCCUGCUUCCAAAUCAUCCAAAUUUGGCUAUUUCCUACAAUAACAUCGCUUUCGCAUAUACCAACAUGGGUGACUACUCGAAAGCACUUGAGUUUUACGAAAAAGCGCAUCAAAUCUAUGAAAAAUCUCUGCCUCCAAAUCAUCCCGAUUUGGCUAGUUCCUACCACAACAUCGUUCAAGUGUAUAACAAUAUGGGUGACUACUUGAAAGCACUUGAAUUUUACGACAAAGCACAUAAAAUCUACGAAAAAGCUCUACCUCCAAAUCAUCCUAAUUUGGCUACUUCCUACGACAACAUCGGUCAAGUGUAUAACAACAUGGGUGACUAUUCGAAAGCACUUGAAUUUUACGACAAAGCACAUAAAAUCUACGAAAAAGCUCUCCCUCCGAAUCAUUCCCAUUUGGCCAUUUCCUACAAUAACAUCGCUCUAGUAUAUAACAACAUGGGCGACUACUCGAAAGCACUUGAAUUGUACGAAAAAGCGCAUAAAAUCUACGAAAAAGCUCUGCCUCCUAAUCAUCCAUUAUUGGCUACUUCCUACAGCAACAUCGGUCUCGCAUAUGACAACAUGGGUGACUACUCGAAAGCAUUGGAAUUUUACGGAAGAACAUUAGAAAUUGAUAAGAAAACUCUGCCUCCAAAUCAUCCCGCUUUAGCUACUUCCUACAACAACAUCGGUGCAGCAUAUAAGAAAAUGGGUAACUACUCGGAAGCACUUGAAUUUUACGAAAAAUCACUUAAAAUAAGAGAAAAAGGUCUGCCUCCGAAUCAUACCGAUUUGGCUAGUUCCUACAACAACAUCGGUGCAGUAUAUAAGGACAUGGGUAACUACUUGAAAGCACUUGAAUUUUACGAAAAAUCAGUUGAAAUAAGAGAAAAAGUUCUGCCUCGGAAUCAUCCCUCGUUGGCUACUUCUUACAACAACAUUGGUAUGACGCAUUGUGACAUGAAUGACUACACAAAAGCACUCUCAUUCUUAGAAAUGGCACUUGCUAUCUGUCGAGAAUCACUUCCGUCAACACAUCCUCUAAUUAAAGUAACGAAAGAUAACAUUGAACAUGUUAAAAAGAAAAUGUAA